AUGGCCAAGGAAAAGGAAACAUCAGGACCUCAUUCCGUCCGCGAGGAUGAAGUCUCUGCAGAUGUCGAUGUCGACUACUCGGUUUUCACAGAUGGCCAACGCCGAUUUAUUGUGUUUAUGGCGUCUUGGGCCGGUUUCUUCUCGCCGGUCUCGUCACAAAUCUACUUCCCUGCCUUGAAUACGUUGGCGAAAGAUCUUCACGUCUCGAACUCAUUGAUCAACUUGACUUUGACGAGCUACAUGAUUUUUCAAGGCCUGUCGCCCAUGUUUAUCGGAGAUUUUGCGGACAAAGCGGGGCGCCGACCAGCAUACAUCGUCUGCUUUGUGAUCUACAUUGCUGCAAACAUAGGUCUCGCCCUUCAAAAUAACUAUGCCGCUCUGUUCGUCCUCCGAUGCCUGCAGAGUGCAGGAAGCAGUACAACCAUUGCCCUCUCAUCGGGCGUGGUCUCUGAUGUUGCCACUGCUUCACAAAGAGGCUCCUACAUGGGUUUCGUCACAGCGGGUUCUCUACUGGGCCCUUCUGUUGGACCAGUUAUCGGAGGUCUACUGGCCCAGUACUUGGGCUGGCGAGCAAUCUUCUGGUUUCUGACUAUCUUUGCCGGUGCUUUCCUGGCUCCCUUUCUGUUCUUCUUCCCCGAGACCGCUCGCAGCAUCGUGGGAGAUGGGUCACUGCCACCACAGGAAUGGAACAUGCCAUGGAGCAGCUACCUCAAGUCACGAAAGAGCAGGGAAGAAAGGCCCAUUCCCCAGACCGACGUCAAGCGGAAACUCAAGUUUCCCAAUCCAUUCGAGACCCUGAGCAUUGUCUUCCAGAAGGACACCAGUCUGAUUCUCUUCUGCAAUGCCAUUCUUUUCGCUGGGUACUAUGACGUGAGCGCAUCAAUCCCCUCGAUCUACAAUGAUCUAUACGGUCUGAACGAUCUCCAAGUCGGUCUAUGCUAUAUUCCGUUUGGUCUCGGUGCUACCAUAGCUUCUGUGGGCAACGGGAAAUUCCUCGACUAUAACUACCGCCGGAUCGCAAAGCAGCUCAAUUUCCCGCUGACCAAGAAUCGAGACACUGACCUACGCGAUUACCCUAUUGAGAAAGCUCGUCUUCAGAUCGCAUUUCCUCUCCUCGCAGUAGGAAGUCUGAGUGUCCUUGCCUUUGGGUGGCUUUUGAACUAUCACGUUCAUCUUGCAGCUCCCACUUGCAUCCUGUUCAUAAUGGGACUGACCUUGACGGGAGCAUUCAACACCGUUAGUACGCUGCUGGUGGAUUUAUAUCCAACUCAAGCGGCCAAGGCUACUGCCGCCAACAAUUUCAUGCGCUGCUUGUUGGGGGCCGGGGCGACGGCUCUGAUUGAUCUCAUGCUCUCAUCUAUGGGCAAGGGUUGGUGCUUCACAUUCAUAGCACUUGUGAUGCUCGCCACAACACCAUUGCUCUUGGUUGUUAUCCGCCAAGGUCCCGGCUGGCGCGAGGAAAGACGUUUGAAAGAGAAAGCGAGAGCCGACCAAUGA